AUGCGUUUCCCGCAGCCACUGCUGGCCCUGCUAGCUCUGUGUGCGGUAGCAUCCGCCGACAAUAACGAGGACCCUGCCGUCACCACUGCACCAAUCUACCUUCCUUACUACAAUCAGGAAGCAUGGUCUCUGGUGCGAGGCAGCGUCAUUUCAAGCAAUCCCCACAUACAACAAACCACUUACACCAUCUUCUGUCCUGACGAUAACCCACCCGCCUGCGAUAUCUCACUCGAGUUCCCCUUCGAACUGGUUGAAGGCCCUGACACGGUAGAAUUUCACGGCACAUACACAUCUACAUACAUCGCAAAUCUCGAAUGCACUCUCGAUGGGACAACCGCAGCGACAUGUUCAGGCUACUCAAGCUAUAAAGCCGGAUACACCAAUGGCCUAUACGCAGGUCCGACGGAAGUAUCGUGGACAUCAACCUUCUCCGGGACCGAGGUGGAAUGGGGUGUCUUGACCAUGGCCGAGGCGCCCAAGGAGACGGACGACUCAUGGGAUGUCACAGCAACUGCCAUGAUGACGCCCACGACAGUUUCCGGCUAUGUGGAGGUCCCUUUGUCAACUGGAGACGAAGCUGCUGGUGCAAAUUUAAUGAUCGAUGGAAGAAGAGCAAUUCUUGGGGCGUUGGGGAGCGCCAUCUUGGCGAGGCUCCUAUUUUAA